GUAUAAAUAGCCGGGAAUACAACUCACAAAAUCAUAGCAAUUGUUGAAUGAAUUAAUUUGUAAAACAAUCGCAACUAUAAUGAAGACCUCAAUCGUCUUACUGUUGUCUCUCAUCUCACAAUACAGUGAUGUCUCAUGUGUUGAGUUCAUAGACUGCGGUUCAGUCGACGGCAAAGUGACGUCUAUUGUAGUCCAGGACUGCGGUGUCAGCGAUGACUACUGUCCGCUACAUAUCGGCAAAACCGCCUCAAUUGACAUGAAAUUUACUGCAAACGUGGAUUCAAACAAAGCCACUGUUAUAUUGACUGGUAUUAUACCUGGUAUAGGACCAAUUCAGUAUUUAACCGAGGACGGCUGUAGUGGAAAAUACAACCUGAAGUGUCCGAUCAAAAAGGGCAGUCAGAAUGAGAUGAAGUUUGACAUGCAGGUGCCCCCUGUGCCGGGUGACAUGAAAAUUGGCAUCCUGGUCGAAUUGGUGGAUUCCAAUGGU